AGCCACAUUCGCACGCUAAGGUCCCAACCUUGCUGGCGACAUGGCUGAGCCGGCGAGUGAUACCGGGACUUCCACGGGGUGGUUUCCAGCCCCCGAGCUUACCCCCAUGUCGGGUCCGCUGAGCGACACUGCUCCGCUGCCGAACAACUGGAUGCUCUGGGCAAUGCUGCCGCCGCCACCACCGCCUUCGUGGUCGCCCACCGCAGCAGGGUCGGAGCCUUCCCCAGGGGCGCAGCCCCCCGUGGGGGCCCAGGCCCUCGCCGAGGCGCCUCCUCCCUUCGACGCCCAGAUUCUUCCCGGGGCGCAGCCCCCUUUCGACGCCCAGUCCCCCCUUGAUUCUCAGCCUCAGCUCAACGGCCAGCCUUCCUGGAAUUUCCAGGCUUCGACAUCGUGGUACUGGAGACAGUCUUCUGGUGUUUUUCCUCGGCAUCAGAAGGCCCACGACACUCGGGUUAAACAUUCUUAUUUUCCACAAAAAUAUGAUGCAAAGUUUACUGACUUCAACUUCCCUCCCAGCAGAAAACAGAAAAAAAAGAAAAGAAAGGAACCUGUUUUUCACUUAUUUUGUGAUACCUGUGAUCGUGGUUUUAAAAAUCAAGAGAAGUAUGAUAAACACAUGUCUGAACAUACAAAGUGUCCUGAAGUAGAAUGUUCUUUUAGUGCACAUGAGAAGAUUGUCCAGUUUCAUUGGAGAAAUAUGCAUGCUCCUGGUAUGAAGAAGAUCAAGUUAGACACUCCAGAGGAGAUUGCGAGAUGGAGGGAAGAAAGAAGAAAAAACUACCCAACUCUGGCCAAUAUUGAAAGGAAGAAAAAGUUAAAACUUGAGAAGGAAAAGAGAGGAGCAGUACUGACAACAACACAAUAUGGCAAGAUGAAGGGGAUGGCCAGACAUUCACAGAUGGCAAAGAUCAGAAGUCCUGGCAGACAUCACAAAUUGAAAAGUGACCAUGCUGGACGGAGACUCACCAUUGGAUCAGGCAAUUGCUUGAGUGAUUCAAAAUCUGAAGGUCUACCUGAGGCACAUGCAGACCCUCUGGGUGUUUUGGUAAACACUGAUUCUGAGUCUGAGAAAGAGGAGAAACCACAAAGCACUGUCAUACCCAAGGAAGUGACACCAGCCCUGUGCUCACUCAUGAGCAGCUAUGGCAGUCUCUCCGGGUCAGAGAGUGAGCCAGAAGAAGCUCCCAUCAGGACUGAAGCAGACGUUCUGGCCGAAGACCAGUUUCUUCAUAACAGUACUCCUAAGAGACCAAGUCAAGAUAUUAAAGUGACCGUUAGAAAUUUCUCAGAAGUCAAGCAUGAAAAUCAAAAGAAAAGUUUUAAAAGGAUAAACCCUAAAAGGAAAAAAGGUUAUCACAACUAUCAAACAUUAUUUGAACCAAGAACUCACCAUCCAUAUCUGCUGGAAAUGCUUUUAGCUCCAGACAUUCGACAUGAAAGAAAUGUGAUUUUGCAGUGUGUUCGGUACAUCAUCAAAAAAGACUUUUUUGGACUUAAUACUAAUUCUGUGAAAAUUAAAGAUAAGUAGGUCUCUGAUGUUUCACCAUAUGUAACUGAAGCAUGUGAAACAGUAAUAUCCUCAAGUUAGUGGAGGAAAACCUUUUUUUAAAAAACUGGAUUGGUCAUUAAAUUAUAAGCCUCUUAGGAUGUUAUGGCGGAUUUUCAAGUCUUUCCUUUGAAUCUAUGCAAAUAAAUACAUAACUGAUUUUUAA